AUGAAGCAACAUAUAUUUGUUAUUCGCUCGUCAUACACCGCGUUAUUUUACGCCAUCAUCGUGAGCACAGGGCUCCUGCUCGCCCUCUACGUUGGGCUAUGGCUGCACCACGAGGAUCUCCUCGCAACGCACUGCCAUACCCCAGAGUACUGGCCAAGCAUCAGCACUCUCACCGGCGACUUCCAACCAGAGCGACAGAUCUGGCGCGUGGCGUUUGUUCUGUGCACUUCUUUUCGCCUGGGUGCGAGCAUCUCGCUAUUCUCUGUCUUCCGGCAGCGUGGGUGCGGGGGCAUGAACAGCCUGAGUGGCUUGCUGCACUCCCCCGUGGCCCUCAUCACGUCCUCUGCGUUCCUAACGCUAGUUAUGUUCCUGUGUGACCUUUGCCGGCUUCUGGGCGGGCUGACCUGGACGAUGGUGGCCUCUGCGGAGAAUCUCAGCCGCCACGACGUGGGGUUCGCCUUCUACGUCUUCCUCGGCUUCCUCCUGCAGUUGGUCAUGGACAGGCUGGUGCGACGCAAUACAUACAACCUCGAAAUUUACGCUUCUCAGAGAGAGGCUCGCGUAUCGUCUCGUUUAAAGCGUGUGUGUCUAAUAGGACAGACAACGAGUGCGCUGUGCCUCGUCUUUUUUUACAUUCGCCACGUGGCCACAUGUGCGGCAGGAGCAUACAGCCUGUCGACGAUGAGUGAGUGGUCCUUCGCUUUCUUCAACAUUUUCUUCGACGCCACCGCGUGGUACGAGCUGAAGAACGACGCGUGGGUCUUCGGCGCAACGCCGGAGCAGUACCAGCGUCUCGCGUUCAGAAGUGUCAAUGCGCCAACUGAGGUUUACGGCAAUGGUGUCGAUCCGGAGACUGCGGAAACUACUCCGGUAUGCUCUGUGCCUGUGUCGUCGGAAGAAGGUGGCAUCAUUGGGGCCAAUGUGGUGGUGCACGAAUUCACGUUAGCGUGUGCGCCGUCAACCGUCGCAAUGUGGUUGGUGGAUGUCUACUGGGCAUACCUCUUCUGGGAGAUGAUCAUUCAUGUCGUGGAGCACAUGUACUUCAUGCCGAUGGUGGCCAUGUCUAUGUCGUGGGAGUUGGUGAGCGUCGCUGCGUUUUGCUCGCCCGUGCUACUGAGGUUCGCCGCGUUCCGUCGCUGGGCGUUGGGCCCGGCACCCUUUGCCAACACUUUAUUAAGGGGAGGUCCCAAUGCGGGUCACCGACGUGCACCCAUGUACGUGUUUUUCUACUUCGCUGCCGCCCUCUCGCAUUUCCACAUUCACGUGCGAAACGGAGAACGGUUGAAGCUUCUCGCAGUGACCGUUGGUCCCUUCUUCCUCUCGCUGGCCACCUUCUGUCGCUACCUUUAUCCCACCGUGACAGUGAGCGAUACUGCUGAAGACAGUUGUCGUCUGCUGUAUUCGUUCCCCUUGGGCCUUGUGGUCACCAUGUUGGUGCGUGUCCUUUUCAUCACACAGGAGCCCGUAUAUACAGAUCCACUAUACAACGGCCUAUUCGGUGUGGUUAUUGGUAUUGUUAGCACCACCGUCAUCUACAGACAUGUUAUGUUUGUCAAACAACUACCAGAUAACAACAGCAGCGUCGCAAAGGAUGUGUCUGUCGACUCUGGUGGGUCUCGGCAUGUUCACUUCACCGUGGAACGUCCCAUCAACAGUAUCACGGCGUUGGCGUUAUCAUACUCUCCAUCGUCCCCUGCGAUUAUGGGUAUGCUCUUCGGUCUACUCACUACAGCCUCCCUCACGUUUUACACGUGCGCCAACUACAUCCCACGUCUCUUGGCGAUUGACCCGUAUCCAGCGAGCUUGGUUGUUAUCUUCUUCUUUGUGAUGGGUCUGUGCUACUCGCAGGAAAUCGCCCCACUCGUGGGCACGGGCAAGAAUGGUGGUGCGUCAUGGCUUCGCCUUGGUAUAGGGCUCCUUGGCGGAUGCCUCACCAUGCUUUUGUCUACUCGGCAGACAAACCGCUCAUUCGAACUUAAGCAUGACCACUACCCAACUACAAUGAAUAGCGUGAAGGAGCACGUUGACAUCCGUUACUGGGAUGCAGAAGAGGACUUUUACGGAAGCCCCUAUAUCGCUUUCGCUGGUGCACUCGUGAUGACACUCUGCUUUGGUGCUUUGUAUCCGCUCAUCAUUGAGCUUCUCUUUGCCCAUCAGCGGGCACGCCGCCUUGCUUCAACUGAUCGUGCAGACUCACAGGGUAUCCCGUUCCAACCACAUACACUCGAGGCGAUGCGCGCGACGUCGUUUGAAUUAGUGUGGUCACUCACAACUGUCCUGACAGUUAUACUCUACCUGUUAUGCAUUUCGUAUCCGUUUGUCCCUAUGGCGUGGCUCGUACGCGAGCGCUCUGUUUCGAUGCAUUUUGGCAACAUGGCUGGUAUAUUUAUCCUUGCCUGGUACCUGGCGCGUCGGGUAGGGAAUGGCGCUGCGGUGGCUCGUGCAGAGUCUGUCACCACGAAGAAGCAGCGACACAUGCCCAUUUUUGUGGUAAUGCUCAUUGGUGUAAUGUUCUUUGUUGUUGUGAUUUGCCGAACGGCGCUUGAGCCGUCAGAUCGAAGUAUUCCACCUGGGAAAGACAUUGCCCGCCGUUUUCCGAAGGAGGUGGUACAUGUGCAUGAGGCUUUUAAAAAGAUUCAUGCGGAGAGCAAUGCCGCCACAGACCCACUCAUGGAGGAGUAUGAGCGCACCUUCGUUCAAGAGCGCUACGAGGCACAGCUGAGGAACCUAGAGGCCGCGGUUACAGGAGAGGAAAUCAGGGAUACGAAGAAUCCCAAAAAGGUCAAGGAGGAGGAGUUUGGCAUCUCCCUCGCUCACCUCACGUCAGAGCAGCGGAAGGAUGUGUGGGAGGCGGCGCAGGGAAUGACAUUCUUUUCGGGUAUGAUAUGGACUGUUCACUUCGCCCUUGACAACGUCAACACCGACUCGCUGAAACGAAUGGUGGAGCAGGCUGACAAAACAGGCGCUGGGGUGGUGGGUCUCCUCGAGAGCGACUCCAUGCAUGUACCCAACGGGAAUCGCGACAUGGUGGAGUUCAUGUCGUAUCAUCUCGGUUACCGCUACACUAGCUAUGGUCCCACAGCGCUCGACAACACGUACGGGUGUGGCAUGAUAUCGAAGUACCCAAUCUUACGCGUGCGGCGGUACAUUAUGCCGUCGCCGCUGGGUGAACUUUCUUGCAUCAUUCACGCGGAGUUGGACGUGUUCGGAAUCACCAUCCAGACGUGGGUUGGCCACUUCGGCAACACCGAGCAUUGGGCCGAUGGGUUGCUCCAGUCGCAGUUCCUUGGCCGCCUUGUCAGGCGCAACCCCGGUCCCUCCAUGUUCCUCGGCUACGUCGUUUCGUACCCCGGCAACCCCGAGCGGUACCACCGCUACAGCUCCCCGACGGAGCGCGGCCUCCUCCGAGACACGGCGCUGGAGAUGUAUCGCAAGCAUCCGUGGUACCGCAUGCAGGAGCGUGGCGGCUACGACGAGCCGGAGCCGGCAAAGACGACCAUUGCGCCAGACGCCGCGGUGGACUUCAACCUGGAGUGGAAAAUUGAGCACGUCGCACCCCUGGAGGAGGGCAUGGUGCCGGACAUCUCGUUCCGCCGCACGCCAGAGGGGAAGGAUCCACGUUACUUCAAGUUCAACGACACGCAACGCAUCACCACCGUUCACCCCCGCCACGAGUUCAUUGACCGCUACUGUCAGUAUAUUUUCUACAAAACUGGUGCAACCGAAGACGAGCGUCCAGAGGACGAAGCGAGGCUCCAGCCACUGCAGGUGUAUUUGUACGACUGGUGGAGAGUUAUUAAUAAUGAGACCUCAAGCCUCUCAGAUACCGAGAUUCAGGUGGUGCAGCUGGGAUUUAAACUAAGAGCAUAG